ACUUAUAACUCUCUUUUCCCAUAAAUAUUACUCAUUCUUCUCCUCUCUCUUUCACCUAAAAAACCAAAAAAUGAAGAAAAUCUCCAUUACUACCCUCACUCUCUUAGCUAUAUUGCUCAUCAUAACAUUCACUUCUACCAUUGCUACAAGAAACAUCCACCCGAAAAAACACGGGGUUGAAAAACCAAAGAAAGGUGAAACAGGCAAUGGCGAAGUCAGAAAUAAUAAUGGAAAAAACAAUGGUGAUGGGGCUUUUGGUGGGAUUUUUGGGCCUGGUGGAGGGUUUAAUAUUCCUGGGCUUGGUGGUGGAGUAUUUGGUGGUGGAUUUGGAAGCCCAAAAGGUGGAUAUGGAAAAAGUGGAGCUGUAAGUUCCAGUGUUGUGUGUAAAGAAAACGGCCCAUGUUUGGGUAUGAAAUUAAUAUGUCCAGCAAAAUGUUAUAAAGCAUAUUCAAGUGCUGGAAAAGGUUAUGGUUUUGGUGGUGGAUCUGGUGGAUGUACUAUGGAUUGCAAGAAGAAAUGUCUUGCUUAUUGUUGAAGCAAAAAAAUAAUAAUAGCUAAGUAAGUUAUUAUAUUUAUAUUACUUAUAAUAUGUGUUGUUUGGUUGUAUUUGUUUUGUCAUGUGGAACAAUAUAUUAUGUUAGCUAAGUUCUACAUUAUUAUGAUAUAAGUAGUAGAAUUAAUGAUGAAAAAUUCAUGUUUGGGAUUGA